CUAACCGUUCCGUAAACAAUAUGAGAGAAUGUAUAAAAGCAAGGCGAAAAGAUGGAAGAAACUCAUCCUCUCUUGUCUCUGACCACCGAGUAUCAUUCCUAAACAGCCUCCUAUCACCAAAUCAUCAAAAAUGAUUUUCAACAUCCUCGCUCUUCUUCCCCUCGCUCUCUUCGUUUCUGCAGGCAGCGGCCAGUGCAACACCGGUGUCAUCCAGUGCUGCAACAACAGCACCACUUAUGAAUCGACGGCGGCCAAAAACGCCUUCGACCAAGCUGGCCUUGUCAACGUUGAGGCAGUGGUAAAUGCGUUUGUCGGUCUCACGUGCUCUGGCAUCAGCGUCGUCGGCACUUCAGAUGGCUGCUCUGCUAACCAGGAGCCCCUUUGCUGCGAGGACAACUCAUACAAUGGUGUCGUCAGCCUUGGCUGCACGCCCAUCAACGUCAACGUUUGAGUAACGGAUUAUGACGUGGUUGCGGAUGCUCUCUGGGACAGUAUACCAUACUUUUACGAACGUUAUUAUACGCUUUUUGCUGCACGCCCAUCAGUAACAAGUAACAGUACCAUGAUGCCUACACGUUUACCAAUGGAGCUUAUUGCUGUUUCCUGUUACUCGUGAUCAAGAAUCAUCACGCUAGCUCUCCAGCACUAGAGAGCGAACCUGGCUGUACUCACUAAGCGGCAAUAUUUUAGCAUGCAUUGGGAGGGGAACCUUGAGGCGAUCUUCUCGAUUCAGAAAUUGCA